CUUGGCAUUCAUCCCAUUUACAGCAGCACCGCCAGUACGUGUGUGGUUGGAGUGCACCGACAAGUGUGUGUGCUCAGAAGAACCAACGGAGAGACGAGCUCCAGGGCACCAUGAACAUCGCAGCUGCGGAUUCUCUGUCUCUUGAUUCAGUGGAGUACGACCCGAUCGCGCAUCUGAACCUUCUCUUCUCGCAACCGUCCACGGUCGCCUCGGUUGCGCGUGUCUCGUCGACGAUCCAACGGCAUAAAGAUGAGCUGUCACAGUCGAUCGCAGCCCUUGAGACGGCCCAGGCCUACGGGCCCGACUCGUCGCUGGAGCGCAUGCAGUCGGCACAAGCCGAGCUGGCCUCGCUCUUCCAGCGCAUCGAAAGCGUGCGCAGCCGGGCCCUGCAGACGGAGCGAGACAUCACCACCAUGACAGCGGAUAUCAAGCGUCUUGAUGGCACCAAGCGCAACCUGACGCUCAGCAUGACCGCAUUGAAGCGGCUGCAGAUGUUGACAACGGCUUACGAGCAGCUCCGCGGCCUGGCCCGCACCCGCCAGUACCGCGAGUGCGCCGGGCUGUUGCAGGCCGUGCUCCAGCUGAUGCGCCACUUCAACAGCUACCGCAGCAUCGAGCAGAUUGCCGUCCUGAGCCGCAACGUCAGCGAACUCCAGCGCGAACUGCUGGAGCAGGUCUGCGAGGAUUUCGAGAUUGCGUUCGCGAAGGGCGAGGUGGCCGCGCGCCGUGGUGUCUUAGUCGAGGCCUGCCUGGUCAUGGACGCCUUGGGCGAACACGCCAAGACGAGGCUGGUGACGUGGUAUGUCAAUACGGAGCUGCGCGAGUACCGCCAGGUCUUCCGGGGGAACGACGAGGCGGGGAGUCUGGACAACAUCGGACGGCGCUAUGCCUGGUUCAAGCGCAUGCUCAAGACGCACGAGGACGAGCAUGCCGCCAUAUUCCCGCCCCACUGGCGCGUCAGUGAAGCACUGGGCACGGCAUUCUGCGACGGCACCCGAGAGGACUUCAAGGGCAUUCUCGAGAAGAGCAUGCGCAGGAUUGACGGGCCUAAGCUCGACGUCAAUCUGCUGCUCAGUUGCCUGCAGGAGACGAUGGACUUUGAGCAGAGCCUAGAGAGGCGGUUUGCCAGUGAACCCCGGGCAAGCAUCGACACGCUGAGCUCGGCGGAUGACAGGAUACAGAACUUCAACGGGUCAAUAUCCGUCGCCUUCGAGCCGUACCUGAGCCUAUGGGUCGAGUCACAGGACAAAGCACUGGCAAGUAUGGUUCCCCGGUACAGGACGCAGCCGCUUCUACCUCCCGACGAGGAGUUCUCGCCGCAGGCUGUUAUCCCGUCAGCGAUCGAGCUGUUCCAUUUUUACAAGCUUACCCUUUCACAAUGCGCCAAGCUUUCCACCGGCGAGCGGCUGCUCGACCUCAGCAAAACAUUAGCAAAAUACCUGGACGAAUACGCCCAACAAGUCCUCGUCAACUUCCUGCAACGGGGCGGGCCCCAGGGGCCCCAAAUUCAAGACAUCAUCCUCGUCCUAAACACGGCAGAUUUCUGGUACACGAAUACCAACCAACUGGAGGAGAGCAUCAAGAAGCGUAUUGACCCCGACAUGGCAUCACGAGUAGACCUCUCCUCGCAGUCUGACGCCUUCAUGGGCGUCGCCAGCGCCGCCGUCAUGGCCCUGGUGGCCAAGGUGGAACUCGACUGCGAAGGAGCGUGGCGCGAGAUGAAGAACACGAAUUGGAGCCGCAUGGAGAGCGUCAGCGACCACAGCUCCUACGUCGGGGAGCUCCUCAAACACGUAAAUGGCAAAGCCCAAGAGAUCCUUCCGCUCGUCAUCAAACCGCAAUACGCCCGCGCCUUCUGCGACAACCUCGUCGAACACCUCGCCACGUGCUACAUCAACAACGUCGUGCAGUGCCGCCCUGUCUGCGAGGUCGGGGCCGAGCAGAUGCUCCUCGACAAAUACGUCCUCACCAAGUCCCUCGAGAACCUCCUCUCGUACCACAACAAGCCCUCUUCUUCGGCAGGACCCUCCGCCCAACACCCCCAGCCGCCGGCAGGGUUCGUCAAGCGGGUCAACCAAGCCAUGACGCGCAUCGAUCCGCUCCUCAAAACGCUCCAAGUCCGGCCGGCUCCGCCCGAGGGGCUCGUGCAGGCCUACCUAAUCCACAUCGGCGACCGCUCCGACACCAACUUCCGCAAGAUCCUUGAGCUCAAGGGCGUGCGCAAGCAGGACCAGGCGCAUCUGAUGGAGCUGUUCGCCAUCCACCGCGAGGGCUCGUCCAUGCAGCUUGUGCAGAGCUCGCCUCUUCUCACACCGCUCAUGGCGGCCCCCUCGGGCGGGUUGGGCAGCUCGGGGAUCGUGGGCAACAGCGCCGCGGCGGCCGUCGUGGCCAGCGCCGGGCUGCAGGGCCGGUUCGACGCGACGUCGUUGGGGGAGAAGCUGCUGAAUGCGGCGCGGGACGGGGUCGAGAGGAUGGGGACUAGUACCACGGUGGUGCCGGGCGGGGGUGUGGUUGGGGGAGGUGCCGCGCCGGGGGAGAAGGCGACGAUCAAUGAGAAUCUGAAGAACAUUGGCAAGUUCUUCCGCAGGGAUAUUGGCGGGCUGGGGGCCAGGUUUGGGAAGAGGGAUAUUACGCCUACAGGUGGGGUUGGUGAUGGGUGAUAGACAGGGGAGAUUGCAGCUCAUAGCGGUAUAUUUCUGGUGCAUACGGAGUAGAGAGUGUGUGCUUCGCGGAGCCGACGGUCUCUGGCUUUUCUAGAGAGCGGCGUCAGUGACACAACACCUAUGUUGUAAUGGGAAUUAUCAAUAACACCGUGACACCAUGCUAUUUCCUAACUGGGCCAUCUUAUUCGUCAUGGCCAUGGUCUGCUUCGGAGAGUCGGACGGUAGGACGGAUGAUGGACCUUGCGUGAAGGGAUGGCAUCGAUGGAAAGAGUCAGGGUUAGGGGUGUAUAUACGUUCGAUUCCGAUCCCCGAAUCCAGAAUAGGAAACAAUGCUCUCUCCUUCCA